AUGACGGCUGAUACUGAAGCGAACGGUGAAAUCGCGGGCAAUGCUGAGAAAGUCAUCAACCCUAUCAACGGUGUUGAAGGACUCGCUGCCGUCAACAGCCACCGUCCUACAGCAACGGGCGAAACGGAGAUCAAUGGUCACGGGCAGCAGUCAGAGCUACCUCCGCAUCCAGGUCUCUUGGAUCAGUGGCAUUCGCAGCCCCGAAAGCUGCGAAUUAUCCACGUCGGUGCUGGAGCUACAGGACUUUGCGCAGCGUUCAAAAUGGAGCGACAAUUGACAGACUAUGAGCUCGUUUGCUAUGAGAAGAAUCCAGAAAUUGGUGGAACGUGGCCCGCACAUAUUUAUACCUAUACUUUUGAACCGAAUCCAAAAUGGAAGUCAUACUACGCUUACGCACCUGAAAUUCAGCAAUACUUCAUGGAUUUCUGUGAGAAGUACCAAUUGCGCAAGUAUAUCAAGUUAGAGCACAAGGUAAUAGGAGCUACGUGGCAUGAGGAGAAGGGACAAUGGGAGGUCAAGAUUGAGCACGACGGCCAAAUUCUAACUGACUGGGCGCAUAUUCUAAUGAAUGGCUCUGGAUUCCUUAACCGCUGGAGAUGGCCAGAGAUCGAUGGUCUGCAUUCUUUCAAAGGAGCGCUGAUGCACUCCGCGGCGUGGAAUGACACUGUUGACCUCAAGGAUAAAAGAGUCGCGCUCCUCGGCACAGGAUCUUCUGCUAUCCAGAUCUUGCCGCAAGUGCAGCAAGGUAGUCCAAAAUGUUUCUCGCCGUCAAAUACAUGGAUAUCACCUCCAAUGCCACGAGUUCCGGUCGAGCUAACUGAAGGAACGAAAGCCACAAGCUCCCAUGAGGAAGUCAAUCCCGAUGUCUCUCAGGCUUAUUACAAGGCAGAAGAGGUCCAGCGCUUCAUCGACGACCCCGAGUACCACCUCCAGUACCGCAAGCAGAUCGAACAUGGUAUCAAUGUCGGCUUUGCCAUAUUUUACAAGGACUCUCAAGCCUCCCAGAUAGCGAAAGAGUACAUGGUCAGUGCCAUGAAGCGAAGGCUACAGGAUAAUCCAGAACUAUGCAAGCGGUUGAUUCCAGACUGGCCCGUGGGCUGCCGGCGCCUCACACCUGGUGAUGGCUAUCUUGAAGCUUUGAUCAAAUCAAAUGUUGAUCCAGUCUAUGCUGAAAUCACUGCAGUCGUCCCGGAAGGUCUGUGCACAGAAGACGGCGCAUUUCAUGAGGUUGACGUAAUUAUUUGCGCUACCGGGUUCGAUAUGGCAUGGACGCCACAUUUCGACUUGGUUGGUACUCAUGGCCAGCGACUGAAGGAUGCCUGGCAGCCACACCCCAACUCAUACUUAGGAAUUGCGGCUCCGGGUUUCCCCAACUAUUGGGUCAUGAACGGUCCUCGCGGAGCGCUGUGCAACGGUACUGUCCUCCCUUGUUUUGAAACCCAGGUCGAGUAUGCCAUCGCAGCUGCAAAGAAAAUCCAAUCUGAGCAGAUUCAUUCGUUGAGUGUCAAGGACGAUGUGACUCGCAUGUUGAAUCGAUAUGUGGAUAAGUGGCAAGAGGGCAGUGUCUGGACAGGCGAGUGUAAGAGCUGGUACAAGAAUAACACGGUCAAUGGAAAAGUCAUGUGCUGGGGUGGUUCGUCUAUGCACUACCUCAAAACGAUCAAGACGCCGCGGUGGGAGCAUUAUGACAUCCGCUAUGUAUGUCAAUGA